UGUGAGAGUCACCCUGCCAUGGAGAAGCCCACGCCCUCCUCCUCUCCACCCCAAGACUACACUCUCCAGAGGCCUCUGCGGCCACUUCCGCCCUCUCUUCCGCUCGCCCCUUAGCGUGAGGAGUUGGCGUAACAGGAACACUUCCGGCCGGUGGAGUCCGCCCAUUAGGCUGGUUGACAACGGGUCCUUCUCACACCUCUGCUCUUGGUUCCCGAGCUUCAGCCUCAGAAUCGAUCUGCCUUCUGAGACUUUGCCCUUCUUCAGGGAGAGCACUCAGGAGAUCAGGAAAAUGGCCACGGGGCUCCUGAAAGCCAAAAAAGAGGCAUUCAUGGCGUUCGGGGAUGUGGCUGUGGACUUCACCCAGGAGGAAUGGAGGCUGUUGAGCCCCGCUCAGAGGACCUUGCACAGGGAGGUGAUGCUGGAGACUUAUAACCACUUGGUCUCACUAGAAAUUCCAUUUUGCAAACCAAAACUCAUUUCUCAGCUGGAGCGAGGGGAAGAGCCCUGGAUAGAGGAGAGGCAACGUCCGCUGAGUCUCUGUCCAGCAGGAUCAAAGCUAGAAAUUCAACCUUGUCCCUCCUGUCCUCUGGCAUUCUCUAGUCAGCAAGCCCUCAGCCAACAUGUGUGGCUCAGUCAUCUCCCUCAGUUUUUCUCAAGUUUACGUGCAGGAAAUCAUCUCCAUUCAGGGAAACAAUAUUCAGAAGAUCAGAAACAGCAGCAGGAGCAAGUCUUUGAUCAAACCUGCUCAAGCAACAAAGCAGAAAUUCAAGAGAGAGAAGAAGAUUCCAAGCUUUUGUUUGGGAGAGUAAGUAAAAGCAGCACUUCAAAGGCAUUCUCCAGAACCCUGGAAGAACAGCCAGUAAGGUCCAAGGAAGACAACACAGUUGUGGACAUAGUGCCCAGACCUGCCCAGAGGACAAACCUUGAGGAAACAGACAAAACAUUACAUGGUUUAGAAGUCUCAGAAUUUAGAGCAAUCAAAUAUGGAGAAUUUGGGCUAGGCUUUAUCAAGGAGUCAAACCAGCUCAGCCUCCAGAAGACACACACAGGAGAGACCCCUUACAUGUACACUGAGUGGGGAGAAAGCUUUAGCAGUAUGUCAGUCCUCAUCAAAAACCAGAGGGCACACUCUGGGGAAAAGCCUUUUGUGUGCAGGGAAUGUGGACGAGGCUUUACUUGGAAGUCAAACCUCAUCACACACCAGAGGACACACUCAGGGGAGAAACCGUAUGUGUGCAAGGAGUGUGGACGAGGCUUUACUUGGAAAUCAAACCUCUUCACACAUCAGAGGACACACUCAGGGGUCAAGCCUUAUGUGUGCAAGGAAUGUGGGCAGAGCUUUAGCCUGAAGUCAAACCUCACCACACACCAGAGGGCACACUCUGGGGAGAAGCCUUACAUUUGCAAGGAAUGUAGACAUGGCUUUCGCCAGCAUUCACACCUCAUCAGACAUAAGAGGACACAUUCAGGAGAGAAGCCUUAUGUUUGCAGGGAGUGUGAGCAAGGCUUUAGCCAGAAGUCACACCUCAUUAGACACUUAAGGACACACACAGGAGAGAAACCUUAUGUGUGCACAGAAUGUGGGCGUCACUUUAGCUGGAAAUCAAACCUCAAGACACACCAGAGGACACACUCAGGGGUUAAACCUUAUGUGUGCCUGGAAUGUGGGCAGUGCUUUAGCCUGAAGUCAAACCUCAACAAACACCAGAGGUCACACACAGGGGAGAAGCCAUUUGUAUGCAGGGAGUGUGGGAGAGCCUUUACCCGGAAAUCAACCCUCAUCACACACCAGAGGACACACUCAGGAGAGAAGCCAUUUGUGUGCACAGAGUGUGGGCAAGGCUUUAAUGAUAAGUCAACCCUCAUCUCACACCAGAGGACACAUUCAGGGGAAAAGCCUUUCGUAUGCAGGGAGUGUGGUAGAAAGUUUAGCCAGAAGCCAAACCUGUUUAGGCACAAGAGGGCACAUUCAGGGAGUAUACCCUUUGUGUGCAGGGAGUGUGGACAAGGCUUUUGUGAUAAGUUAACUCUCAUUACACACCAGAGGGCACACUCGGGGGGGAAGCCUCAUGUAUGCAGGGAGUGUGGGCAAGGCUUUAGCCGGCAGUCGCACCUUAUUAGACAUCAGAGGAUCCAUUCAGGAGAGAAGCCUUAUAUUUGUAGGAAGUGUGGGCAAGGCUUUAGUCGGAAAUCAAACCUCAUCAGACAUCAGAGGACACACUCAGGAUAGAAACCUUGUGUGGACAAGUAGUGAAACCUUUAGCCAAUAGUCACACGGCAUGAGACACCAGAAGUCCCACCCAGGGCUGUAACUUUAGUAAUAAGUCAGCCAUUGCCAGACUCUAAAGUAGAAACAUCUUAUGUGUGAUGGGAGUGUUCACGAGACUAAUGGUAAGGGUCAACAUCUCCAAUCCACCUGAAGGAGAAUUGCUGGCUCAUUUUCAGGGGCUCUGGCUUUCCCUAGUGGGGAUGGUAGGUUGUGGAAGGUCUCUCAGGUAACUUGAUGGAGAGAGUACUUAUUAAGUAGGUUGAAAUUAGAGAAUUGAUACUAUUCCAAUAUCAUUUCCCAAGUAUACUUGAACACUCCUUCUACAGUAACCUGGAUGUUACAAAAACAGCAAUUCUAGAGUCCAUCUCUUGAUGUCUGUCUUACCUUCUGAGAACAAGAGACAGAAACCAUGGCUGAUUUAAUCUUGGUUCCACAGAGCAUGACCCAGCAGAGUCAGCUUCAGGGAGAGUUUGGAAAAUGGUCAACUCAUGGGGACAGAGAUAGUGCUUGGGUAGAAGGUUUUAUUAUACAAAAGGCUGACAGGUAAGAAAGAUUGUAGGUAUCCUAGCUCUGAGUUUGGGAAGAGGUGUCCAUUUUUGGAAAUAUCAUAUAUUUGCUUGCUUCCUGGGUCUGUCUCUGGUUUUCAGGUUGAAUCCAUACUGAAAAUGUUUUUAUUGACUAGUGUUUUUAGACUAGAAAUGUACUAUGUAGUGUUAUGAAGAAAAUAUAUACACACAUAUACAGAAAUACAAAAUGAAAUUACUUUCUAUUCUUUGAGUUACCAUACAGCAUCCCAUUAGUAAUUAUUUGGUUUAAAUUUUCCCAACCAUUGUAAAAUAUACUACUUUUUUGGUUGAGA